CCUUUAACUUCUGGUAUCAGGAAGCCAGGAGGAAAGCAUGAGAUCCUCUGGGAAACCAGCACCUGGUUUAUUCCUUCUUUAAAUCUUGCAACCAACCAAUUCUCUAACCCGUGCUAAAGAAAAAUACCAAUACCGCAAAACCAGAACAUCCCGUGGAUCCGGCAGCUGUUGCUGUAUAUUAUCCCGGCGAGACCCGAGGCGGACGGGAGGCGAGGCGGCCGCGGCGGAGCCCUAGCGAGCGUCCCUCGAGGUGACAUGGCAACGGGUCCCUGGGAGGUGCUGGAGUCUGACUUGGGAUGCCCUGAGGCCACCGAGGAGCUGCUCGGGCAAGUGGGGAGCGCUCAGAGGCGGCCGAGGAAGGACGUGAGAAAAGGUGCCGAUGUGCCGGGGAGCAGCGACGGGGCGGACGGCAGGUCCCAUGGCCUAGAGGAGGAGACGUCCCAACUUGGUGUCUCCAAGGAGGAUCAAGCCGAGCGGGAAUUGAGCAUGCCGGAACCGGCACCCCUCGACGUGGAUAAGAAAGUGGUGGAGAAGAAGCGUGCGGAGAAGGUGGGAGCGAAAGGCAGCGCUUCUGUGCCCCCAGUGCCCAAGAGCCUCCCCGUGAAGAGAAAAGUGGAGCCCCAAAGCCUCGACGCCGAGGAGGAGCCGCUCAUUUGGGAAGGGCUCACCCUCAACAAAUGCAUCCUCGUGGCCUCCUUCGUUGCCCUGCUCAGCGUCAGCUUCCAAGUGCUCCAAGCUCCGUGCUCUAGGGAAGGAAUUAGCAGUGACACACAGGCCCCUCCACCUCCACCCCUGCACGAGGUCAUCGACUCCGAGGAGGAUGUCCCAGAAGUGGUAACUGCCCCACCAGUCCAGCCCAAGAGCAGCCUGUUCGAGGACAGUGAUGGUGACGAUGACAGAGACGAUGACAGUGAUGCUGACAGCAACCUGGCCAAGCCGUGGAUCUUCAAGAAAUGGUUUGGCCGCUUGGAGCCAGAGGAUGAAGAGGAAGAGCCUGAAGCUGAACCCAAGGAGCCACCAGCCAAGGUUGAGGUGAAGAAGAGCCGAGAGAAGCCCAGAGGCCCGGAGAGGAAAGAAGAGAAGCCCAGGGAAAGUCAUGCGGCCCAGAUGGAGAGGAGCAGCCGGAAAGAAACGCGACUCAAGGACAAAGCCCCCGAGGACAAGGCUGCCAGAGCCCCAAGGGCACCCAAGGAGCCAGAGCAACAGCCCUACAAGAAGCGGGGCCGGGAGGGUAAGGAGGGAAGACGAGAAGGGAGGGAGCGGGAAGAGCACAGGAAGGAUGAGUGGAAGGGCCGCCCUGCCAAGGUGGACCGCGAGGACAACCGGAAGCGGGACUGGAAGCAGCAGCGAGGAGAGCAGAAGGGCAAAAAGCCCUGGGAGCAUCACACGUCCGCCCAGGGGAAGGACGGCACCGCCAGGCCCAGGGAAGGCAAGAAGCGUGACUAAGACCCCGGCCUGCAGGCCUGGGAUGAACAAGGGGCUGAAUGACACUAAAUCCAGGGGGGUUAAAACAGCCCCCAGCCUGGGCGCUGCAGCUAGCACCCCAGCAACCCUCCAGGGCCAAGAUCUUCCCGCUCAUCCCUCACGCCGAGCCUGCUCUCUGGAGACACCAGACUCCAUCAAUCUGCUGAAAUCUCCAGCCACAGGGACAUCUCCACCCCAUGCUUUGAGAGGAGCCAGCAGCUCGUGUGGUCGAAGCAUCGGGUGAAGACACCUGGGUCCUGUUUCCCAUUCUGCCACCAGCUUGCUGGGAGACCCUGCCCAAGUCACGUCACUUCUUUAUCCAUCUCCCUGUCCCCGAGCCAGUGUUGUGGUCAGAGCAGGCAGAUGCUCCAGCAUCUCUGAGCAGAGGCAUCAGGCAAUUAGAGCAGCCCGGGAACGUGGUACAAGCCUCCCCGUGGACUUUGGACCCCCUCUGGAUUAGAUGCAUAAAGGCAAGCUGAAAGGACUGGGGAAACGAGCCUCUCGCCACUCGGGCCUCACCCUAGUUCUCCAGCCCCACCAGAAAUACCUCUUGCCGUUCAUUUUAGCUCUGCGAACCAGGCCCACCGCACGGUACCUGAGGCAUCAGGAUGGCACAGUCAGCAAGGCGCUGGCGUAGUGAUACCCGCGAACAGAGCUUGCCUGCAGACUGUUUAGCACUUGAAUUCAAUUAAUAGUUUUAUUAAAAGCAAAUCAAGAGAGAAGUUUAUUCUAGGUUAAAGAAGCCAGACUGCUGCCAUCCUUGGAUGGACGUCAGGGAAACGAGCACAAAGCCCUAGCCAGGCCCUGGUACCAUCACCACAGGAUGAGCGAAGCUUGCUAGGAACAAAACACCGCUGACACAGCCCAUCACCCUGGGCUCCCUUUGGGAUUUGCCUUUACAGAGUAGCUUGUAGGAACAAACCAGAAGUGCAAUAUCUCGCAGUGCUGUAGUAACUACAGGCGAUGUUAAUAGCCCCAGACCGCGGCAGAUUGCAGUAUUCACUACAUCGAUAGAGGUUAAAAUAAACUAUUUUCAUUUUUAAU